UUGCAUUCACCAAAUAUGUCUGAAGUGAGUAACACCACUCAGGAUCCCUUCCACUUCAUCCUCACGGGAAUCCCUGGAUUUGAGGACUCUCACAUCUGGAUCUCCAUCCCCUUCUUCUGCCUCUACACCAUCUCCAUCGUGGGCAAUACCACCAUCCUCACAGUCAUCCACACACAGCCUGGUCUCCACCAACCCAUGUACCUGUUUCUCUCCAUGCUGGCACUGACUGACCUGGGCCUCACCCUCGCCACCCUGCCCACAGUCAUGCAGCUCUUCUGGUUCAACAUUCGGAAAAUUGGCUUUGAGGCCUGCUUUGCCCAGUUCUUCUUCCUCCACGGAUUCUCCUUCAUGGAAUCGUCUGUCCUGCUGGCCAUGUCCUUUGAUCGCUAUGUGGCUAUCUGCCGUCCCCUUCAUUAUGCUGCCAUCCUGACCAAUGAAGUCAUUGGAAGAAUUGGGCUAGCCAUUGUUUGCCGCUGUGUCCUGGCUGUUCUUCCUUCCCUUUUCCUACUCAAGCGCCUGCCUUUCUGCCACUCCCACCUUCUCUCUCACUCCUAUUGCCUCCACCAGGAUAUGAUUCGGCUGGUCUGUGCUGACAUCCGUAUCAACAGCUGGUAUGGAUUUGCUCUGGUCCUGCUCAUUAUUGUACUGGACCCUCUUCUCAUUGUGCUGUCCUAUAUGCUCAUCCUGAAAAAUAUCCUGAGCACAUCCACUUGGACUGAGAGAUUCCGUGCCCUCAACAACUGUCUGACCCACAUUCUGGCUGUUCUGAUCCUCUAUGUCCCCAUGGUUGGUGUAUCAAUGACUCAUCGCUUUGCAAAGCAUGCCUCUCCACUGGUCCAUGUUAUCAUGGCCAAUGUCUAUCUGUUGGCACCUCCUGUGAUGAACCCCAUCAUUUACAGUGCAAAGACUAAGCAGAUUCGCCAAGGGAUAGCUCGCCUCCUGUUCCAGGGAAAAGUGCACUAA